AUGAAUUGUUGUAUCGACGUUGUAGGACAGAACAGAACAGGAAGAUCAAUGUUAUCCAACUGGACUCAGGGUAAACUCAUGUCAUGUGACGGGUUCGUCAGAAAACAUACAGGAUUAAAAGUCGCUCGACGCAGGCAACAUUCAGCAUAUCGAUUACCCUACGAUAAAGGCCCUAUCGGAUAG